AAUGCAGAUACACGCUAAAACAUUAGCUCCAAUUAUUAUUGACUUUUUGAAGACUUAUUAUGGGCAGGAAGAGGCUGAUGAAUUCUCCAAGCUAGUUGAGGUAACUGAGAAAGACUCUUCAAACAAUCCUCUGAUUAAGGCAGGUGGCUUCAAUGCUCUUCUUAAGACAUUUUUGAAGCAAAACCCUGCUGUAAAGAAAGCCUUAGCCAAAGUUAGUCAGGAGGAAUCUUCUAGUGAAAGUGAUGAGUCUAGUGACGAAGAGGAGAAGAAGCCAGUCAAAAAGGUAGCUAAGAAGGCUGCCAAGCCAAAGAAGGAAGAAAGCGACAGCAGUGACAGUAGCAGUGAAGAGGAAGAAAAACAACCAGCAAAGAAACAGAAGGCUAAGGUUGUCAAAAAGGAAGAAAGUGAUAGCAGUAGCAGUGAAGAAGAGGAUAAACCUGCUCAAAAGAGAAAGGCUGAAACUGAGAGACAAGAGACUACCAAGAGACAGAAAGUAAGCGAAGAAGAUGACAGCAGUGAGGAUACUAAUGAGCAACCACAGCAGAAUAACCCACGGACUCCUUAUAGCAGGGUUAAGGAAGAUUAUGCUAAUAAUCUUUCUGUUGAAUUCCAGGACAACAGUUUUGAAGCUAAAGCCAGAUAUGGAGGUCAAGGAGGUGACAACUACGAGACUAGAGGAAAAGGAUUCAGGAAGGAAAAGACUAAGAUGAAGAAGAAGAACUUCCAUGGAGCUGGACAAAAGAUAACGUACCAGGUGAACUCUAUAAAAUUUGAUUAA